AUGUCAAUCUUGUAUUGUGUGCCUCUUGUUGAGUGUGUGCGCUGUCUGGCUUGUGCUCGUCGGGCUUGGGAAAGAUGUAUUUAUACUGCAGGCCAUGACAGUGAAACUUGGGACCUUGCCAUUGCAGAAGAAUUUGAGCCUGUGCCUCGUCUUUGUCGCUAUAUUUCAUUUGUGUAUGCAGAUGAUCUUCGACAACCUAUUUUGGAACCCCCCCAUGCUCGGUAUGGAAUUAACCCUGAUUGGUUAAUACUCAAAAUGACAUACGAAGAAACAACGGGGCGGGUACCGCCCUAUAUAAUGUAUAUUGAUCAUGAUCAUGCUGAUAUAGUCCUUGCCUUUAGGGGACUAAAUUUGGCAAAGGAGAGUGACUAUGCUGUUCUGUUGGAUAAUAGAUUAGGGAAGAGAAAGUUUGAUGGGGGGUAUGUUCAUAAUGGGAUGUUGAAGGCUGCUGGAUGGGUUUUGGAUGCUGGAUGUGAAGUUUUGAGGGAAUUGGUAGAGAAGUAUCCAAACUAUUCUCUGACUUUUGCUGGACAUUCCCUUGGAUCAGGAGUAGCUGCAAUGUUGUGCAUGUUGGUGGUGCAGCAUCGAGAAAGACUUGGAAAUAUUGAGAGGAAGAGAGUCAGGUGCUAUGCUAUUGCAGCUGCUAGGUGCAUGUCACUGAAUUUGGCAGUCAGAUAUGCUGAUGUCAUCAACUCUGUUGUGCUUCAGGAUGACUUCUUACCAAGGACAGUCAUUCCAUUGAAAGAUAUAUUCAAUUCUCUAUUCAGAUUGCGAUGCUUAUUGUGCUCGAGGUUCAUGUGGGGUACAUGUAUAGCAGAGGAGAAUAUGCUGAAAGAUCCAAGGAGACUGUAUCCACCCGGUCGCCUCUAUCACAUUGUUGAGAGAAAGCCUUUCAGAAUGGGAAGGUUUCCCCCAGUUGUGAGGACAGCAGUGCCAGUAGAUGGAAGGUUUGAGCAUAUAAUCCUUUCUUGUAAUGCUAUAUCUGAUCAUGCCAUUAUUUGGAUAGAGAAAGAAGCUCAAAGGGCUAUGGAUUUGAUGCGGGAGAAAGAUACUAGCAUGGAAGUACCUGCAAAGCAAAUCAUGGAGAGGCAGGAAACAAGACACAGUCUAGAAUACAAAGCAGCAUUACAAAGGGCUAUAAAAUUAGAUGUUCCGCAUGCUUUUACACCAUCACAGUAUGGAACUUUUGAUGAGGAGGGAGAGGAGAGUACAAGAAGGUUACAGGCUGAGUCUUCUUUUGGUUCAACCAAUAGGAGCACAAUGGUUGAAACAUGGGAUGAAUUAAUUGAGCGUCUUUUUGAUAAGGAUGAGCACGGCCAUAUUGUGCCUCGAGAAACAAUGAUUGUGUAA